AUGUUCCAUUUCUUUGCAGAACCUUCAUUCAGAGUGCGACUGGUAGGAGGCCGCCACCGCUGCGAAGGAUGGGUGCAAGUGGAACAGAAAGGUGGCUGGGGUGCCGUGUGUGAUGAUGGCUGGGACAUGAAAGAUGUGGCCGUGGUAUGCCGAGAGCUGGGCUGUGGAGAAGCCAAGGGGACAACCAGUGGUAUUUUAUAUAAACCAUCAACAGAAGAAGAGCAAAAAAUCUUCAUCCAAGAUGUCAAUUGCAAUGGGAUGGAACAUAAACUGUCUCAAUGUGAUCUUCAAGAUGCUUUGGAUUGCUCAUACAGUAAGGCUGCAAGAGCGUCGUGUGAAAAGAGCGUGAGGCUGGCUGGUGGCCCGGGGCGCUGCAAGGGGCGAGUGGAGGUGAAGUACCAAGGGCAGUGGGGCACAGUGUGCAAAACAGGCUGGAGCCUCUCAGACGCGAAGGUGGUGUGCCGUGAGCUGGAUUGUGGGAGGGCCAUACUGACCCAUAGCUGCUGCAAGAAAACUCUCCAGGGCCAAGGGCCCAUCUGGUUGAGCAAUGUGUCAUGCUCAGGAAAAGAAGAAGAGCUUCAGGACUGCCCCUCUGGGCUUUGGGGGAAUAACAACUGCAACCAUGAUGAGGACAUGUGUGUCGAAUGUGAAGAUCCCUUUGACUUGAGGCUGGUAGGAGGAGACAACAGCUGCUCUGGGAGACUGGAGGUGCUGCACAAGGGCAAAUGGGGCACUGUCUGUGAUGAUGGCUGGGGAGAAAUGGAGGCCCAGGUGGUGUGCAAGCAACUGGGCUGUGGAGAGUCCCUCUUUCCAUCUGUCAAAGCCCGGAGAAGCUUUGGCCCUGGGGUUGGCCGCAUCUGGCUGGAUGAUGUUCGUUGCUCAGGGGAGGAGAGGUCCCUGGAGCAGUGCAGGCACAGGUUCUGGGGAUAUCACAACUGCAACCACAAGGAAGAUGUGGCUGUAAUCUGUUCAGAAAAGCAGCCUUGAUGCUUGACCUGACCCCUAUGGGCCCUGACUGUCCUUUACUUUCUCAUGGGCCCUAAUUGGCCCAGCAUGAGCUCUGGUCCUGUAGGCUUUAGCCACAACUCCCUCAGCCCUUCAGCAGGAGUCUGAACACUGUGCCUAGGCCUUGCUCUCAGAGCCAAGCACCCCCAUCAUUGCCUGGAGAUAUGAGUUGUUGAAUUCUCUCUUGCUGGAGAAGAUGAGCUCCCAGUCACCCUCUCCUCACUACUGACCACUUGGCAUUUAUUCUGGCCUUUUCUGCCUCUUCCUAACCAGCUUUGGAUCCCAAAGCCUGUUACUGUGACUGGUAUAGGCCAUUACCGAGGCUAGGUCUACGUCCGUAAGCAGACAAUGAAAGGAAUAUUUGAAAGUAAAUGUGGGUAGACAAUUACAAGGAACUUGGGGGAAAGCUUAGAGUCUUUUUGAACUCUUUUUCUCAAGUUUCGGGUGAUCACAACAACUAAUAACAUCUCAUUACUCUCCUAUUCCUUGGUGAGAGUAGACUCUUCUUUCGGGAGCAGAGUAGUAUCCUGUAAUCCUAGACUUUUUCAUGACAUUUGGAAAAAGAUGUUGUGCUCCCUGAAUGCCCACAACAAAACAUCUUUUUUGGCCAUGUGCAUACAACUUGCCAACAUAAUUGGCAUUAAACAAGAAGAAUCUCACAAGUGCAUUUUAAUUUAUCCAAGGAAAACUGUAUUGGCUAUGGGGCUGCCACUGGGAGAAGGGAAAGGAAGAGGCAGAAAGAGUUUGAGGAUGUCCAAAGUUGUGCCUCAUGCUAACCAGAUAAUAUCAUUCUCAUUUUAUCAACUCAGACUUUGGGAUCUGCAAGUCUGAGGCAAGACAGAAUGAUACUAAGGAGAGAAUCAAGACUUAAUGCUAAAAAUUGACAACUUUAGACUCUGGGGCUAAGUUGAGUACCUGUAACUUGCCUACA